CGUACGCCUUGAAGCCUGUAGAGGACGAAUGGGAACCAAACAUGCCAGUAUGUUCGGCAUGAGUGAUAUAGAGCUUGUCAGAAUUUCCGUGGCCCAUGAUGACAGUAAAGAAGAGAGCCUUGAUUUUGUUUGUUUACUUAUUUUAGCCUCUACUUCAUGCUACGCCUUUCUGCGUGGAGGUCUCCCGUUCUCCUCGACUUCCUCGCACCCCGUCUCCUCGUUCCAGCUCGUCAUUACAGCCUCAAGCUGCCCAUCUACAAAAUCAAAAGAGAUACAACCAUCCUUGAAAAUCACGGUCCUCAUGCCCAUGACAAGCAGCUCCCAUAUCACAACGCAGACAUAUACAAGAGUAUUCUCGGCCGUGUCCAGCAGGCCCUAGGGGAGGAGGAUGUAGAGGCGGUGAAAACAUGCUGGUUUGAGCUCAAGGAGCGCGACCUUCAUCGACACCUCGCUCCCGCAGAUUUUGCUCGCAUCUCCAAUCUCUUCAUCGCUCAUUAUAUCCCCAAGAAUGACACCGACGUGCUGGAUAUAGCGACCCGAAAGCUUAUUGAAGAGGUCUCGUUGGCAGCAGCCUGUUCGCGCAGCCCGGCCGCUCUGGCUGCUUGCAUGAACUUCUACAUCUCCAGAAACGAGCCAAAGAUUGUCAUCAGUCUCUACAUCAGGUUUCACAAGAUGUUGGGCGAGACGGAUGACCUCUCUGUCGAUAACGGGGACGUGGACGUGCUAGAUUUCGACGUUUUUUCGUUCACAUCUAGCACAGCUGCCCGCACACAAUCGUCGAGCACGCUCGUUCCGGGGCGGGUCUCAAUUCUACUCUCUUUCGUCGCGGCUCAGGCCUUACGAGAUGAUUUCGCAGCUGCAUUCGAAGCGUACCGGCAAACCAUUAUCCGGUUCCAUGAUUAUACUGUAAAGGACUAUCUAUCCCACAUCACCGACGACGCAUUUCGCGAUAAAUUGCUCUUAUGGGUUCGACGACUAGAAAUUGCGCGUAAAGUCUAUCAGGGUAACCCCCUGGCCAUUCAGUUGCAACAACUCGUCGCAGCGGGAGGCUUCAAUACCAUACAGAACCUUUACAACCGCAUUAGAGAUGGGUUAUUUGGCGCAAAUCCAUUUAUUGCCGGAGACGCAUCCCAGCUUGGAGGAACUCGUCUCGUAGCGAUGUCCGACCGCAUAUGGACGGCCUUCCUCACCAGUUUUCUGCAAAGCAGAGGUGGUCACUUAAGUGCCGAUGAGGUGUGGGGAGACGUCUCGCGAUGCGGGAUAAAACAUCCCGUCUCACUAUGGACUGGUCUGAUAGACUCGUAUGCAGAGUCUCGACAUAUGGACAAUGCACUGAAUGUGUGGAGAAUGAUGGAGGCCAAAGGCGUAAAACCAGACGCACUCACCUACCGGGCCGUCAUAUCGGCUGCGUUAGAAGGUCGUCAGAUAGACGAAGCAAUUCGGCUGUUCAGACAGUUCCAAUCGGAUCUCGAGGCAAUGACGGAGCCAGAGAGGUCAUUGGUCGUCUACAAUACAUACAUCCAUGGCCUUCUUGCCGCAGAUCGUCUCGAUGAGGCUCUUUCUGUUCUUGAGCGCAUGGAGGAAAACAAGAAGGACAAACGAGUUGGUCCGGUACCUGAUAUCGUUUCAUUCAACACCUUCCUGGCGUAUUUCGGUCGUCGGAUGGACUUGAAGGCGCUUUCCAUUAUCAUCAACCGGAUGUCAAUCGUGGGCCUUAGCGCGGACGUCUUCAGCUAUUCCAUCCUUCUGUCGGCGCUGCUCAAGAUAGGGAAAGCAGACGCUACGACGAUUGUGUUCAAUCUCAUGCGCAAGCAAGGGUUGGAGCCUAACAUUGUUGUCUAUGGAACGAUCAUAGUCGAGUUGUUGAGGGAACAGAGUGAACAACAUGUUCGGGCUGUUUUGAAGAUAUUGGAAGAAAUGGAGUCGGGGAAGAUACCAUUUCCGCCUACGGUCAAAAUCUACCAGGCAAUCUUGGUUGAACUGUGGAGAGAUCCGUGGCUUCCUCCGAAGACCGGUAUCGCGAUCACGCGCGAUGUCGUUGAACGGAUGAAAAAGAGGAAGAUUCCACUUAACAUCCCACUGUACCAUGUCUUGAUUCGUGUUGCCUUGAUGGACGAGUAUCCGAACGGGGUGACGUUGGCGAUGUCUCUAUACCAGGAGAUGGUUCGGCGAAACCUAGCAGUGACGUCGAAGCUAAUCUUCCUACUUUUACAAGAACUGUUUGCCAAGGGGGAGUAUGUACAUGCCGCAAAGGUAGUGCGGGAUAUGGAGACGUUUGGGAUGAAACCUAUCCCUUCGACCGCGCGGUAGGUAGCCCAAUGUGACCUUAUCAUCUACCGCGUAGCCCUAUGCCGAUGUAGCGCGAAUAAGCUGGAAAGAAGAAUGAACUGAAAGCAGCGGCGAGGAAGUAAAAGUCAGCUGACCCCAGUAACUCCAUCUUCUUCCAAGAUAUUUACCCAGAAGAGGAAGCAGUACGAUGGAAAAAAGCUGCUGGAGCUGCUGGAUGCUCUCCUCCCAUUCCUGCUGGGCGAGCUGGUAUUCAU